AUGCUGAGGCAAUGCCGCCUGAACAGUUUCAAAGUGCCCUCAGUGCAAGAAGGAAAGCUACCAAAGAAGGGAAGGAAAGGACUGAAAGGGAAAGUAGUAAAAGCUGCUGCUGUCUUUGCUGCCGUUGCCGCUGCCACCGCCACCAAAGAGGCCAGACAAGCUGCAGCAAAAGAAGCAGAAUUGUUGGGAGAUGAGAAAAAAGCCUUACAAGAAGAGAUAAAGAGGCUUAGAAAAUCUGAACGAGAUGCCAAGCUGCGCGUAAAGAGACUUGAACAGGAGUUCAGUAAAUCGAGUCGAUCUUGGGAAAUGAAGUUUGAAAUUCUAAAGAAAAGCCUACAUGCCAUUAAGGACGAGAUGUUUCUUAGACAAUCAUUGCGUCAAUCAGCAAAAUUUAGACGCCCUUCGCUGGCUGAUAAGACAGCUCCUCCUCUGCACAUCCAGCACCCUACAGGCAAAUUGGCUUCAUUUACGAGCAGCUUAUAUAUGCAGUAUGCUCCUCUGCCCAAGAUAGGUUCUCAGCCAGAUUCAGGUUCAAAUGAAGAUGAAGAAGGCAUGGAUAUUGAGAAAAUCCCAGUUCUGAUUAAAAUUCCCAGCGCUUUUGAAGCUGCUUCAGAGUCCGCGGAUGAGGAAGAGUUUGAUCAAUUGCCUUCACCCCAUUCAUCUAUACGCUGAUAGCUGGGGUAAGAGCCACCUGUGGGAAGAAAAGGCAAGAGAGAAAGCAAGAGUCCACCUCAACAUCUGGUAACAUGCAGAGGAUGUCCUGCCCAGCUGCCCUGUCCAGUGAAUGCUUUCAGUUCUCCUACCAGUCCCAUGGGGUGCGUAGGAAACCAUCUCUCCUGAGUAAUGGAGACCUGCCAAGCUGAAUAGUUUCUACUGCACACACUUUGUGUGCAAGUUUGUCCAGAGAGUUGGCUUAGGGUUACUUUUUUCUGCCUUAAA